UUUUUUUUUGAUAAAGAAAAUUGCCUAUGCAUAUGAUAUUGUUUUUGUUUACAAAGUUAUCCUAGAAAAAUAUUAAGUUACUUUUUGAAAAUUAUUGUAAUAAUUAAUUAGAGGACGAUAGAACCAAGUGAACUUUAGGCUACAUUGCGUUAUAAUAACUUAAUACCUACCAAAUUUACACAUUGUUUAUUCUUUCAAACUUUUCACAGCAUGGAUUUAAGUAGGUUAUAAUACGAUACCACGAAGUUUGAUCGCAAAAAUAUGAGCGAUAACUAUAAUUCGUUGCUAUAGAAACAUUAUGAAAAGAAGUAAUUGUUUGGUCGAAGUCUGUGAAGAUUUUGAUUGCUCAUCGAAACGUAUUAAAACUAGUUAUAUCGAAGGUAAUAGUUCGAAGAUGUUUAGGAAUACAAUUUGGUAUCGCUCGCUGCUGGAUGCGGAGAAGUCAUGUCUUAAGGAGGAUAAAUUAAAAAAGAUUCAUUAUAAGUUUCAAGAUGACAAGGAGAUGGUGGAAGAGUAUAAUGUAGACACGCAGGUUUUAUUGCGCCGUGCUUGGAAAGUAAAGGGAAAACUUGGGGGAGAGGGAAAAUGGGAUGUAGAAAUUGGCGAUCCAAUGCCUGAUGCAACUCCUCACAUUGAAGGAAUUGGUGCUGAAAUCAUGGAGAGUAAGGAUCAGCCCACUUGGAAAGCCUCAGCAGGGAGUUCAUUCCACAAUCGGAGAGGUCCAUGGGAGGAAAUUCCUCUGAAACCAAACUGUGCGGGACCAUUUGGGCUUCAAUGUGUGAGCGUGAACUACCUGUCGAUGGCGAGCAGUGCAGUGAUAGAAAAUGGCCGUGGGCAUCAUAUUAAACAAUUCUGCCCAAAAUUAACAAGGCGCAACACAAGAAUAAACUUGGAAUGGAGAAUCCGAAACUUACCAUAUCCUAUUGAAACAUAUUCUGUUAGUGCCAACAAUGAUGAAAGAUGUAUUGUUAUCCGGACAACCAAUAAAAAAUACUUCAAAAGGCUACAAUACAAAAAACCUCAGCAGCUGUUGGACAUGGAUAAAGAGUGGUAUCUAGAGCUGAACAGAGUGAAGCCUAUCAAAGAUAUCCCGAAUGAUUGCAAAACACAAUAAAACUUUAAUAUAAUAUUAUUAUAAUUCAAAUCUGUUUUAUUUAUGUUUUAAAUCAAGUAGAGGACUUAUUACUGAGGACUAAUGAAGAGGUCUUUGUUCAAUAGGUACCUAUAUUUAGUAGAAGUCUUUUGGCUGAUAACAAUAAAGAAUGAUAACAUCAUCACGCCUUUUAUCCCCGAAGGGGUAGGCAGAGGUGCAUGUUAUGCCACUGUACUAUGUACACCCACUUUUCACUAUUCAUAUUAUGAGUACCAUGUAAUAGGGGGUGAGUCUAUUGAUAUAUACCGGGUACAAUUUCCAGACUCCUUGCUACUACUGAGAUUUUUUUUAAAUCCCAGUAAUACUUUGCCCAACCCGGGAAUCGAACCCGAGACCCCUUGCCCGGCAAUCGCAGUUGCGACCACUCUGCCAAUGAGGCAGUACUAUAUGCAUAACAAAUAUAUGAGUAAAAGCUAAAAAUGAAACAAAAGUUGUCCUUAAAAUUAUUUUAUUUACACUUAAAAAUACACCUUAGUGAUACUCCAAAAAUGGAGAAUCAAGCACUUAUGAAUAGGUCUACAGACUAAUCAUCAACAACUAAACUUUUUGCUAUUUUCUUCAAUUCCUCAUCAUCAUCGUCUUUGUCAAGUAAACCUUUGGAAGCUAAAUAUUCCCCAUACUGUUUAGGAAUGCCCAUAAAUGUUUUUAUUUUAGCUCUCAACUGUUUCCAGGUCUCUUGGUAAUAGUUUUUCUUAUCUCUUUCCAUAGCUUUGUAAUCAUGACCAUAUUUAUCUAGUAAAUAUGUUAUAAAUUCAACUUGUCCUUUAGGCAACCUGAAAUGAAGAGAGUAAAGUUACAAAUUGUUAUGA